AUGUCUCGGGGAAGAAACACCACGGUGGUUACCGAGUUCAUCCUCCUGGGAUUCUCAGACCAUCCAGAGCUCAAGAUUUUCCUCUUUGUGUUGUUCUUAGCCAUCUACCUUGUGACUCUCACCUGGAACCUGGGGCUCAGCAGCCUGAUCAAGGUCUCCCCACAUCUCCACAUCCCCAUGUAUUUCUUCCUCCGUCAUUUGUCCUUCAUAGACAUGGGUUUCUCAUCUACUGUCAUCCCCAAGAUGCUCUCAGACUUCUUCAAGGAGCAGAGGACCAUUUCCUUCCUGGGCUGUGUCACUCAGUAUUGUUUCUUCAGUGGGUUUGGGCUGACUGAAUGUUGUAUCCUGGCUGCCAUGGCGUAUGAUCGUUAUGCAGCCAUCUGUACCCCACUGCUGUACACGACCGUCAUGUCUCCCUCCCUCUGUAGAAAAAUGGUGGUUGCGGCCUAUAUGGGGGGAUUCCUCAGUGGCCUGACUCAAACGGGCUUAUUGUACCGGCAGGACUUCUGUGGCCCCAACGUUGUCCAUCACUUCUUCUGUGACCUCCUUCCUCUGCUGGCUCUGUCCUGUUCUGACACUUCCACCACCCAAGUUGUGGUCUUCGUUGUGGGAGUGAUCAUUGGAAUGAUAUCCGUGCUUGUGGUCCUCCUGUCCUACGGUUAUAUCACUGUGGCUGUUCUGAUGAUCCGCUCGGCGAGAGGCAGGUCCAAGACUUUCGCCACCUGUGCCUCUCACCUGACCACCGUGAUCCUCUAUUAUGGUUCCGGUUUCUUUGUGUACAUGCGUCUAAACUCCAGCUACUCCGAGAACCGGGACAAGGUGGUGUCGCUCUUCUACACGCUGUUGAUCCCCAUGCUGAACCCGCUUAUCUACAGUCUGAGGAACAGAGAGAUUCUGGACACCUUGAAGCGAGUCAAGGAGAAAAAGACUGAAGACCUCAUGUCAAAGAGUCAAAAGGAGCAAGACAAAGCAGGGUCUCUCACCGAUAUUACCGAUUAA